AACUCUCUCCAAUUUAAUCCCAACCUCCCCCUCAACUCGACUCCUCCUUCCGAAAAUCCAAUGGCUCUCAUCCGGGAACGCCGCCAGCUCAACCUCUGCAGCCUCCCCUUGCCGGAACCCUCCGAGCGUCGCCCACGUUUCACUCUACCUCUCCCUCCCACCGCCGCCGUGGCAACCACCACCAACUGCUCCUCCGCCGCCGCCGCCUCCGACCUCGAAAGACUAGAGGUACUAGGCCACGGUAACGGCGGCACAGUCUACAAAGUCCGCCACAAGCGCACUGGAGCUAACUACGCCCUAAAAAUAGUGAAAGGCGACUCCGACCCCACCGUCCGCCGCCAGCUCUACCGCGAAAUAGAAAUCCUCCGCCGCACGGACUCCCCCCACGUGGUUCACUGCAACGCCAUAAUCGAGAAGCCCACCGGAGACAUCUGGAUUCUCAUGGAGUACAUGGACUCGGGAACAUUAGAGACCUCGCUCAAAGAAAACGGCACGUUCUCCGAGGCCAAGGUCGCUCAUGUAGCUCGUCAAGUCCUCAACGGUCUCAAUUACCUCCACACUCAGAAGAUCAUCCACCGUGACAUCAAGCCAGCCAAUCUGUUAGUCAACAGCAACAUGGAAGUCAAGAUUGCCGACUUCGGCGUCAGCAAAAUGAUGUGCCGAACUCUCGAUAACUGUAACUCAUACGUCGGGACUUGUGCUUACAUGAGCCCGGAGAGAUUUGACCCUGACACUUACGGUGGAAACUACAAUGGAUACGCCAGUGAUAUAUGGAGCUUGGGUCUGACCCUCAUGGAGCUUUACAUGGGCCACUUUCCGUUCUUGCCUCCGGGUCAGAGACCCGACUGGGCGACCCUUAUGUGCGCCAUAUGUUUCGGGGAGCCACCGGCCUUGCCGGAGGGGGUGUCGGAGGAGUUUAGGAGUUUUAUGGAGUGUUGCUUGCAAAAGGAGUCGGGGAAGAGGUGGACGGCGGCUCAGCUUUUGACGCACCCGUUUGUUUGUAAAGAUCCGAAAGCCAUUCGGUGAAGGAUAUUGUUCAUAUUGUUGGUGUCGAAUAUCCGCGCGGCGGGAUCCGAUUGUAAUUAGUAUUCGGGUCGCCGGGUUUGACAUAACUUUUUGGACACUACUGCUGUAGGAUACUACUGAGUAACAAUUGUACAUACUGCCCGGAUUCGGAUUCUUUAAUCUUUACUUCUUGUUUCUUCUUCA